UUCUCUGUGGCAACCCCGGUGACAAAUAGUUAAAAAAUUGGGCUCCCAAAUAAUUUCGUAAAAAUAAUUAUUGUAAUUGAUCAUUUCCACCUCAAAUUUAAGUUAUAGUUGUUAAUUACGAACAAAUUUUAUUGUGUAAUAAAUAAAAGUGGUAAAUAUUUAAAUAAAUAAAUUUUUAGUGCCUCUCAACUUAAAGUGACAGCAGGUAACGAACAUCGUUUAAAAGUUACUGUAAUUCUUGUUAUCCCUUUUAAUAUUUACGAUAUAUCUCUUAAGUGUUGUUGUUUUCGGAUUUCAUUUUGAAUUGUUUUCUUGAUAAUUUAAUUUGAGAUCUGUAAUUAGAGUCCUAUAAUUGGAUAUUUGCUUACUCUGUUCCCUUGAUUUUCCAUCUUUGUUUUCUUUUACUAUUUAAAAUACAUAGUAAAAUGAAUACUCGUAACGCCAAAACGCGCCAGAUGGAGAACCAACUCCAUCUUGCGCUCCAAGAACUGAGGGCGUCCAGGGAGCAGUGUGAGCUGUUACUUAAAGAAAGGGAUGACAACGAAAAGGAAAUAAUAAGUAUAAUUUCGAAAAAUACUCAAUUGAAAAGUGAUAUGGUUAAGUUACAUAGAGACUAUACAGAUAUUUUAAAGGAAAGGGAUCAGCUCCAGAGGACAUUCGAUGAGUUUGACCAAUGCAGCAAAGAAUAUGAGGAAUCCCUCAGAUUAAUUGCUGCAUUGAAAUUACAAUUAACUGAAGCUAAUGAGCAAAUUUCAGAAUUUAAACAAAACAUUGAUAACUUGCAUGCACUUAAAACUCAGAGUCUGUUCGAGGAGCUCGUAGAAUGUAAAUUUCAUAAAACGUUGCAACCCUCCACAACAAUAGAUUUGACUGAUGAUUCUACCACAUCAAGAACAGCAGAAAGGAUUACAAGCAGCAGAAGGAAAUUAAAAAAAUAUAUAAAAAUUAAUAAAUAUAUUAGGAAAGUGCAAAAAUUAGUUAAAACUAAAAUUAAUAUUAAAAAUUAUACAAAUGUAUGUAAGGAAAAGCAAGAGUUAAUUAGUAAAAUUAAAUUAUAUUCAAUUGAGGUGGAAAACAUGAAAAAUUGUUAUGAGACUGAAAUAGAGUGUCUUAAUUCAGAAAUUUUAUCACUUCAAACCUCAUUACAAAUUAUGUCAAAUAAAUAUCAAUCUGCAGGGAAUGAGAUAAAAGAACACAUACUGGCCAUGGAUAAUCUGGUAAAGUCCUGCAAAUAUAACGAGGAACGUUUUGACUCCUUAUUAAAAUAUCAAACUGAAUAUCAGCGCUCACUGCCAGGUUCUUUAGGGACAGUGUGUGUUAAUAAUACGACAAGCAGUAAUACUUCAUUUUCUUUACCUACACUCUAUGAUAGUACCAUAACAAAGCAGAUAAAUUUAAAAAGUAAUUCAUAUAAUGAAAAAAAUAAUAUAAUUGUGUAUAGUGAUGACAUAGGCAAAAACUUGGGUAUAUCAUUGAAUAACUGUUUAAAAAGGCAACAGAUAAGUAAUUACUGCAUGCCUGGAGCAUCAUUCAGUGAUAUUAUGAAUAAAAUUUUAACUAGUAAAUUUAACCCUAAUAGUAUAUUAAUAAUUUUUGUUGGGAGAAGAGGCAAUAUGAACAAGAAUCAAUUAUUAAAAUAUAUUGAAUAUCUCAAUAACAUAAAUGUGGUUAAAGUUAUCUUGUUUACAUUGCCUUAUAUAGAGGGGUGGCCACAGGAAAAUAAACUAAGACAUAAUUUAAAUUUAAUGAUGCAUAACUUGACAUGUAACAAUAACUUAAAUUUGACAUUUAAUUGUAAGAAUAAUAAUGAUAAAUUUCAUUUAAUUCAUAUUAAUAAUUUAACUAAGAAGUUUUUGACAAGAGAUAGGUAUUACCUAUCAAAGUAUAGUUUAAGACUGGUAGCAGAUACGCUAUCUUAUUAUUUAUAUUUUAACUCAGCCAAUGAUUUGGCUACCUUGACACCUGCUUCUUUUGAGCAACAAAAUAAUUUUACAUUUGAUUUGGAACCAGUUCCAAGUAAUUUAAAUUAGAUAAUAAGACAAUAGAGGUAAUCUCUAGCAAAGAUAAUUUAAAUAGCUUAGAAUGCAACUUACCAAUACAUAAUUAUGCAAUUUUACAAAAUAAAAAUAAUAAAAACUGUAUCAACCUGGUGCAUCAAAAUAUACAAGGUAUGUUAGGCAAAGAAUUAGAAAUUGAAUUAUUUUUAAAUAGUAACAGUAUAAAUAUUUUAUGUAUUACAGAACAUUGGUUGAAAGAAUACAACUCCAUAUUUAAUUUCAGUAAUCACCAGGUGGUCAGUUCGUUCAAUAGAGAUACUAAAUUACGUGGUGGCUCCUUAAUAUUAGCUAAUAAGUCCUUAUCAUGUAAAGAACGUAAAGACAUUGUGAGCCUAUCUGUUGAGCGUACUGUAGAAAUGGCAUGUGUUGAGCUUGAGCACCUUAUUGUUGUCAGUGUUUACAGACCCCCAUGUUCAAGUUAUGAUACUUUUGAAAAAAUUAUGGAAGAAGUUUUAGUUAAGCUUAAUAAACAGAAUAAAUCUCUUGUAGUGUGUGGAGACUUUAAUAUCAAUCUCCUGGAAACUUCUUCCAUCAGUAUUAAAUUCUGUUCUUUGUUCAAAUCCUAUAAUCUUAAUAAUUUAUUCUUUGAAGCUACACGUAUUGCAGGGUGUAGUGCAACUUGUAUUGAUAAUAUUUUUACAGGUGUUGUACCAAUCAACAAAUCAAUAAUUCAAAAACUUAGUUCAGAUCACUGUGGACAACUGGUUUCGUUACCUUAUAUGCACAAAAAACAGGAUCCAGUGGCUGUGGCUACAACAUCAAAAGAAGUUGCUGACCCUAAGCCUCGCCUUAAUUUUGAAAAAACAGACACAGCUAUAGUUAAAAAUGUAGAAAAUCCAGAACCCAAUGUUGUAUAUGUGCAAGAGAUAGAUCCAACUACAGAUACAGAAGAAAGUGCCAAAAUGGUGAAAAUAACCAACAAUAAAGAUAUUAUUACUAGGGGUAUAACAAAAAUUAAAAACAGGAAACUUAGCUUGCAAAAUAGAAGAGAAGAUGUACACCAAACAAUUGUAAAAAGUAACACAGAUUUUAAAAAAAGACAACUGGAAAUGAUGGAAGAGGAACAUAAAUACAAUAUUAAAAUAGCUAACCUAAAAAUUAGAAAAUUAGAGUUACAAAUAUCUUUAUUAGAAAGUCAGAAAAACAAAAGUUAAAUAGCAGCUUAAUGCUGCUGUGUUUAUUAUGGUACUUAAUUGCUGCAAAUAUUUGUACAUCUUUUAAUAAUAAUUAAAAUAAAUAAUUAUAAUU